UAGUUAGCCCGGUUAUUUUUAGCCGCAAGUUAGCAGUUAGCGCAAACUAGUUCACUUUGAGUUUUCAUCUUGAGAACGUUAUAGAACAUUUCGCUUCUCAAAUGUGAGUUUUCAAAUGUGGCGGUUCAUCUUAUUCGAGAUGUGACGACGUGGGAGGCGCUGCGUGAAGCUAGCGGAGUUGCUAGGCAACUAUCGCUCUACAAUGCUGCGGUCGUAGUCUCUACGUAAAAAGUAUCAUCACAUCAUUUAUAGCGAAAUUAUUUGUUAAGUGUGAUACUGGGUGCUAUGAAAUAUUCUACUUCCGCACUCCGUCUUUAAGCCUUAUUUCGUUUGUUUCAAGUCAUUGAUUCGUUGUUUUUGCUGUGUCAGUGUUUGAUAUUUAACAUGGUGAAUGCGAUCUACGUGUCAUUUGAAAGUGACAGAAGAUAUGUCAAAGCAGUAGCCGUGACACCGCUAGUCACCAUGGCAACAGGCCACUAGAUACUGUUACCGUCGACUAGCUAGCAGCGACGCGCUCCUUUAAGGUGUUUACAGUGAAUAACCUUUAGAACGCUGCGUUCCGAACCUUCACACGGCGCUCUCAUUGAAGCGGCGGCUGUGUUGAUCCUGCUGCAGCAUCAGAUGAGUGGCGGUGACGGUGCAGACCCCGGUUCCAUCGGCUGCUGAUUACAAUGAAAAAAAUAUUUGGUUUCACUAAGAAGAAGAAACAAUCAUCCGGUGCCUCUGACAACGGAAGUGUACUCUCUGCUGGCUAUGAUGUGAAGGAGAAGGACCUGGGAAAGGUCCACAAGGCCGCCUGGCUUGGGGACUUGGCAAAGUUGAAGCAGCUUGCCAAAAAGAAUGAUAUCAAUCAGCUUGACAAGGAAAACAGGACUCCGCUUCACAUCGCCUGUGCCUGCGGUCAUGCUGAGGUGGUGCAGUUUCUCGUGGAGGGAAAAGCCAAGCUUAACCUAUGUGACAAUCAAAACAGAUCCGCCCUGAUGAAGGCGGUGCAAGGCCAGCACGAGCGUUGCGCUAGCAUACUUCUGGAGAAUCAUGCAGAGCCAAACUUGGUGGACAUCAACGGCAACACAGCUUUACAUCUCGCAGCCAACAUCCCAUCUAUCACCACGGCUGCCUCACUUCUCGAGCAUGAGGCUGAUAUCAAUGCACCAAAUAAGGAGGGUUUCACCCCACUGACUGUGGCAGUACGUGAAGACCACUUAGACAUGGCUGAGUUUCUCAUAAAGGAAGGCGCUGAAGUCAAUUUCUUGGACCAGGAUCAGCGGUCGCCUCUAAUGAUAGCUGCUUGCAACGGACAGAUCAACAUGCUACGGUUGCUUUUAAAGUUUGGCGCUGACGUUGACCUCAAAGACACCAAAGGAUGGUCAGCUGAUGACCACGCUGUCAUUAAUGGACACCAUCCUUGUUCCCUUCUCAUCAAUGAACAUGCCACCCAGAAGAGAGGCGGGCCUUCACUCACGCAGGACGCGAGCAAAAAGGGGAAAAAGAUGAGCAACCCUUCCAAGAAUGCAAAAGCCGGGUUCAUGUUGGCAGGCCCUGCAACUGACAAAGACGAGCAUGGAUCAGAUGAAGCAGGGAGAGACUUUGAGGACAAUUCACAGUCUGAAUCGCUGAGUCGCGUUUCCAAAAGUGGUGCAGACGAGUGGCCUUCAUCUGAGGAGGAGGAGGAGUCACUUUUAAAUGAAAAGAAACCAAAGAUCAACUUGAGGAAAAUGAUCGCGUCCAAAAAGGGAGAAGAAUGCAAACAGCCUCCAGCAGAUUCUUGUGCCAGCAAAACAAAGCAGCUUGACAAUGAAGAUGAGGUUGACGAGGAGGAGGAAGAUGAAGAUGAAGAUGAUGAUGAAGAUGAAGACGAGGAAGAAGAAUCUGAUGAAGAUGAAGAAGAGAGUGAAGAAGAAAGUGAGGAAGAAGACAGUGAGGAUGAAGAGGAUGACGAUCAGCCAUCAAGUGUUGAUAUCACUGACAGCGAUGCCCGCAACACAGCAGAAGAUGGCGCCAGCAUGCCAUCCCCAAUCACUGGAUUCAUCCGGUUGAUACCCGGUGUAGAGGAGGACUGCGUGGUGUCCGCAAUCCGGGUGGAAUCCAAACUCUCAGAUGAGGAGGACAGUCUGAGCCUGCCGCCUUCAAAACCUGCUGCUCAUCUAACACACGAGGCUGCAGAGGAGCUUGGGAAUGAGUCGAGCAAAGAUAGGGAGAUUGCAAGUGAUGGAAUAAAGGACGGUUUAUUCACUCACAACAAAGGACUUGCUUAUAAAACAGGUGGAGAAGGUGAAAGUGAAGACACCUGUUUUCGAGACGACGAUGAAUCACUAAAACAGUCCGGGAAGCGAAGGUCAUCGUGGGGUUCUUCGCUGGAGGAGGAGGAUGAAUGUGAAGGAAAGAUGGAACAGAGUAGACUUCUGUCUUUGACUCCAUCUAUAGCUAAACCAGUGAAAUCUGUUGAAGAUUCUCAGUGGGAUUCCUCAUCUGAAUGUCAGGAGGGGGCCUCGCCUGCAGAGCAGGUUAAUAAAAUGGAGGAGUCCUCAGCAUGUUGUCAUGGCAAAGAGGAGAAAAAUCCAGUACAUGCUCAUGAUUUAGCGGAAACAGAUUUGAUAGAUGAAGACAAUAGUUGGGAUGAUGUAAGUGACAAAUCAGAAAAAUGCGACCGAACGGAGAUUGUGGAGACUCAGGGCUCUGAAGUCGUGAAGCUGGAGCCAAAACCUGAAGGUUGGUCCUCAAAGUCGACUGAGAAGGGUGCCAAACAAGUCCGUGAGUGUGAAGGAAGAGAUGCAGCUGUUGUGGACGACGAUGUCAGCGAUGAAGAUUCAGACAGCCUCCAUCAGAAUUUGCAGUAUGAUUUUGUCAGCGCCACCGUUAAGGUUUCUGAUGCAGGACACGACUCUGACUCUGAUGGACACCUGAAUAAAGAUGAUGCAGAAGCAGCGAGGUUGACGGCAUACGUGACACUGGGUGAUAAGAAUGAGAAUCUAACUGAGCAUGGGGACGUUCUAGCUGACACUCAGAGAAAUGAUUCUAUCGAUGAUGACGAGGAGGAGGAGGAUGAAGAUGAUGAUGUGCCGGAAGAGGAUACAGACAGCUCAGAUGAUCGGCUUGAAGAAAGUGGAGACUCCUUUGGUGUCACGGCCGAGGAUCGAGAGGGAGAGCUUUCUGUGGAAAACAGAAGAGAUUUCCUCUCUGAACUGGGUCUGGAGACGGGGGAGAAGGUGCGGGAGUCCUUUGAUUCUGAGUCUGAACACAGCAGGCUGCCCCACAAAGAGACUAUGGAAAAUCCAUUGGAGUCUGCUGCUAUUGAUGAGGACACUAAAGAAAACUUGUUUUAUGUCCCCUCAUUUAUACGAGGGGAGGGCUGCAAUAGGAUGCUAGAGCCAUGGAGGAGUGUAGGCAUGCCCCGAGGCAGCCAGGGCAUUCAGUCACCUGUGGUUUCCAACGACAAUCACAGUGAAAGCACAGAAGCAACAAAAAAGAAGGAAAACGCCAAAUGGGAGCCACUGUUGAGCAAACGUGAGAGUCACAAGUCAGAGACUGACUUGAUGAAUGAGCUGAAUCUGGGAGACUGUGACGAUCUGGAAGAUGCGUCAGACUGGGAUACAGCUAGCAAUGCCAGUAAGACGACCCUGCCCGGACGUAGAGUGGCUUCACCUGGAGGGGACGAUGUCCCGGCACAUGCCAAGACGUCCAUCAAUGAAGAAGAGGAGGAGGCGCUGUCGCCAGUGCCCCAGAGAAGACUCAGCUUGGACAAAGAAGUGGUCAGCUCUUCUCCACCACCUGUUCCGAUUCCACAGCCUCGGGCCAGAAGGUUGGUGGUCCCCGAUAGUGAAGAAUCAGAUUGGGAUCAAGAUCAUUCAUCAUUGUCGUCAAACAAGGCCUCACAGGCUGCCGACCAGUUCCCACACACUGAAGCAGCACACGUGCCAACAGAAACCACUCCAAGUGAGAAGGGUCGUCUCCUACUCAGUCAACAGGAACUGGAGGAGAAUGAUGAGGCGCUAAGGGGUCAUUUGGGCUCUGACAGAGAGGAAAGCGAUGCAUUUAGUCAGUCACCCAGUCCCAGAGAGCGUGCAGAUGCAGGUCCUGAGGUUCACUGGGAGAAGCGAUACGAGAAACUGUGGGUUGAAGUGGAGAAGCGGGACGUUAAAACCACUUUUAAGAGCGUGGCUUGUGAGUUGAAAGAGAGAUUUGGAGAGCUGAUAAAAUCAAGACCUCCUGUGCGGGAGGAGCAAAGUGACGUUGACACUGUGCUUGAUGAAGAGGAGUCCAGUGAUGAUGAGGGUGGGGAGGUCAUUGUGCGGCCAACAGCCAGGGCCAGAAGCACGACUCUGCUGACCAUUCCCGAGCAGAGGGAGUCCGGACAGGAAGACUCUGUGGCUGCGUCACCUGACGUCUCGAUCGCUGAGAAGAAGCGGAUUUUUGAGAGGGACGUUCAUGAAGAGACAGAGCCGCUCGCAGACAGCACCUCUUCCCCACUGCCAGAAUUAACCGCCACCCAUGCCCCUGAUUUCAAGGAUCACUCAGUUUCAAACAGUCCUUGCUUCAAUGAUAAGGAGGCAGAACCAGACGAGUAUCUGGAAGAACAGUCCAGCAGACUUUCAGCAUCCAUACUAGGAGAUUCCGACGAAGAGUUGGAGGAAGACAUGGGGCGCUUUAAAGCCGAGGUAGGGAAGCUGAAGAAUGCCUUUCUGGAUUUGGAGAAGCAACAAGGCCAACUGCAAAAAGAGGUUGUGAGGGAGGUGAGAAGAAGUGGCUCAGCAUGUUUAUCAAACCACUCAGCCUCGCACGCAUUGGAUGCUGAGAAACACGAGAGCAGUUCCAGGCUGCGGAAUGAGAUGUCGAGUCAAGCUGCUGCCACUCCACGAGAACAGGAGCUUGAGUCCACAGUGAGCACAAGCACAGGGGCCUUCAACUCCCCGAAGAUGACAAGUAAACACAAACAGGAGGGACAGGUGGCCCCACAGGCCGAGUUAGUGGGUGGGACUCGGCCCCAAAGAAUGCAUCGUGCCUCACCUAAGGUUAAUGGAAAGCAGCUCAAUGUGUUUGAUGACAGCACUUUAAGUGACAUGUCCGACAACGAAGGAAGCCCAAGGUUCCCAUCUUCAGCGCAGAGAAGCAAGAAGUCUGAGGGACUGGAGAAGGCAGAAGACUUGGACGAGCUCACACAGUCGUCUGAUACGACCACAGAUGACAUCGACUCGCCCGCUGCUGGUUACCGACACGCGUCACUCCUCAUCCAGAAGCUGGACUCUGCAACUCUUGACUGUAAGAGCAUUGUGAAGCUACAGAACAUGUUCCACGAGUAUGAACGGGCCAUUCAGAUGGAGAAGAGCCGUCACAGACACCUGUCGGACAAAGUGAGCCAGCUGGAGACGGAGAGGGCUGAGUUGAAGAAGUCGCUGGAGGAAGUGAAAGAUUUGAAGUCUGCUCUGGAGCGCAACCAGCUGGAGCUGCAGACUGAAGUCACCAAUCUCAGCUUUCAGCUGAAGCAAGAGCAGGAAAAUGCCCGAAACGCCACGAUGAUGUACAACACUGCCAGAGGCAAGCUCCGGAGGUCGGAGGAGCAGCAGCAGUUGGAGCUCCAGGAUAGGCAGAACAUGGAGCUGACAUUUCGGAAGUUGGAGCUGGAGCUGAGAACAACAGCCAACAACAUGAAGCAGCUUGAGGAAGACCACAAUGAGACACAGAGGCUCUUGGCUCUGGAACGCAGCGCGAGGACGCAGCAAGAGAGUCUGGUCAGCAGUCAUCUACGCAAGCAGCUGGAGAUGGAAGCAGAAAACAAAAGGAACGUCAGCAAAAGCCAUGAGGCCUUGUCUCAGCUUACCGAGGCCAGUGACCGGGAGCGGGAGCUUCAGCAGCAGAUCACUUGCCUAAAUGAGCAACUGAGCAUCCUUAGAACAAAGUUUGAGCACCUACAGGCCGACAGUAGUCUCAAAGAGACUCAUUUCUUGGAGGAGAACGAGACCCUGAAGGAGCAGCUUGAAGACGCAAAGCGAGAUGUCAAACUCAACAGCGACAGCUUCUUCACCUCCAAUCACCAGAUCGCCACCUUGAAGUCAGAGUUGACCAUGACUGCUGCACGUCUGGAGAAUGAGAGACAAGCCCACGAGUCACUGAUGACAGAGCUGGAGUCCUCUCAGACUCGUCUGCGUGGGGCUUUACAGGAGGUGGAAAGAUGCCAGUCUGCCCUUGCAAACUCAGAGAAGGCUCUGCUCAAGGAAAAGGAGGAACUCCAACAUCUCAGAGACAAACUGUCAGGUGAAGCAUCGAGUCACCGGGAGGAAGUCACCAGUCUUUGCCAGAAGCUUGGGAAGGCAGAGGAGAAUGCCAACAAGAUGGAGAACGAGGCUCAUCGUGUGUCAAUACAGUUGUCGGAAAAGAGCAUGCUGCUGGAGAUCCUUCAGCGCGAGAAGGACCAGAUAGCUGCACGAGCUAAAGAGCUGGAAUCGGCACUACAGUCGGAGAAGGAGCUGGUCAGUCGUGCUGCUGCCCGCCACGAGGCCACUCAGGAGCGGCUGGCCCAAGCCCAGAGCGAGGGCAUGCUGAUGCGGCAGCAGCUGGAAGAAGCCCAGAACAAAGGUGUGGCGAAGGAGCGUGCUGUCACUGAUGCUCAGGAGCGCUUCAGUGACAUCCUGUCCAAGCUGCGUUCAGACAGCGAAGAGAAGGUCCAGCUGGUGGAGGAGAGGAACAAGGAGCUGGCCAGCAAAGCUGCUGAUCUGCGGGAGCAGGUCUACAAGCUGGAGGAAGAAAAGAAUGCCAGAGUGACAGAACUGAGGGAGCUACAGCAAGAGCUGACUGACUCUCUGAAGAAGCUGUCGAUGAGCGAAGCCUCUUUGGAGGUCAAUUCACGCUAUCGGAACGACCUGGAAGAGGAAAAAUGUCGGCUGCUCAAAGACGUGGACAGACUGAAAGCAAAGCUGGAAGAGAGUGAAACUCAGCAUGUCCAGGCUGAGAGGCGCAUCAACAGCCUCAAAAGUCGCCUGGACGACCGAGAGAAAGAACUUGGAAAUGCUGCUCAGAAACAACAGGAGGCGCUGUCUGCCUCUGCAUCAUCUGUAACUACCAUCAAGCAGUUGGAGGAGGCAGUGCAAAGGCUGGAGAUCGAGAAUGUGAAGCUGGAAGCAGCUGCCAAGCAACAGUCAAACAAAAUUGAAGCUCUUCAAAAAGAAGCUCAGGAAGCCACCAUGCGACACAGCGGGUCACAAGGUGGACGGGUUAAAGGUCAUUUGGAAGACUUGGUGUCCAACCUUCAGAGCAGUAAAAUGACUUUGGAAGACCAGCUCAACAGAGAGGUUCAGAAGCAAAGCACGCUGUCUCAUACAGCUCAGGACUCCCAGGCCAUGUGGGAGGAAGAAAUGAAGAGCUCGUCCAAACUAGGACUUCGCAUAGCUGAGCUAGAGAAAAAUAAAGGAGAUCUGAGCGCACAGGUGGAAAUUGAAAAGAAGAAGGUGAAGAAAUUUGCUGAGCUGAAGAAAAUGUCUGAGGCUCGUCUGGAACAAGAGCUGCAGAGAAACACAGACCUUCAGAAAGAGAUGUUCAGGCUGAGGACUCUGCUGAAGACUGCUAAGAGGAAGCUGAAGGAUGGCGGUGGAGCUGAGUUUGCCUCUCCUAUGAGCACGUUAAGGACAGACAUGGGCCACUACAGUCAGGGAGACGGGUCCCUGGGAAAAAUGAAGGUAGACGAAUUGCAGGUGCAGCUGGACAGAGAAACUUCCCAGCGCAGGGAGCUGGAGAGGCAGAACCGCGACCUCAAGGAUCAGCUGGCCUCUGGGAGGAGCCUGGGGGCUGGCAGUGACCAGCUAGAGAGGAGAAAGAGGCAACUAGAGGAAGAGGUGCUGGAGCUGAGGCGCAGGCUGGACCUUAGCCAAACGGAGCAGAACCAGGUGGACCACUACCGGCGGGAGAUAGAGGAGAAGUGCCGGCAGGAAUUACAACAGAAGAUAGACCAGGUCAACCGCUUCCUACAGUCCCAGGCAGAGUCGCAGGAAGCACUGGAUCAGAUGAGGUCCGCGAACGAGGCCAACCUGCGUUCCAAAUACGAGCAGAGGAUCCUGGAGCUGGAGGGGGAACUGGGCCGGGUCCGAACCAUCCAGCACGACAGUCUAAGCCAGAGAGACUCCACUCGGACAGAGCUGGAGAGAUUCCAGCAGCUAUACAGAGAAGAGCUGCGACUGCGCAAGUCGCUGGAUGCCAAACUAGAAAGAGCCAACGCACGUCUAGAAAAAGCCAAUUCUAAGUUACUCCAAGAGAGGAGCAGGUCUCUUCGUCUUGGAGGAGGAGCUUCACUGGAUGUUGGUUCGAUUGGUCAUUACGGGAUGUCCCUCGGGCACCUCAACAGAAGUCUUGGACUUGGGCUGACGCAUCUGACACCCACAACUGAGGGACAGAAAGCCACAGUAGCCGACUACCUGGCCAAGAUGCAGAGCGAGUUUGACAAAAGCAUAACCAGAGAGCUAAGUGACGCCAGAGCAGAGCUGGACUCGGCUUCAGCCCUGAGGACGGAGCUGGACCCCGUCAGUCGGGCCAACCAGGAGUACUUGGAGGUUAUGAAGAAGAACUAUAUGAUCUAACGGUACUUUUAGAAUGGCAGCGGUGCCAAGAGCAUCAAUAGGUUCGGCUCAAGCCCAAAUCUCGCUGCUGAUACGAGAAAUGACACUUCUAUUCGACCGACCACUGAACCUGUGUGGGUUUAUUUUUAAAUGUUUUAGUUCCCUAGAGAAACCAUAAUGUUGCUGCCCACAAUGCAGGUCCCGCUCAGAGUAGCCAUAUAUGUGGUCAUAGGCUGUAGACGGCGUACGACACUAUGAGAAUCCACAAGAUGAGUUAGUUUUGUCACACUAAAGCAACACUGCUACAAGGUAUGCUAAGCUAACUAUUUUAUUUGUUUGUUACUGUGUGUACUCAGAUACUUUAACACGCUGUACGCAAUAACAAUUUGAUCUAUCUGUUUGAAAACUCUUGUUUCCGCCAACUCAACACAAGGUCAACAGCAGGGAUGGAUACCAGUUUGUGCAAUUAUAACUAUUACCACUUCAUCUAACUGAACUGAGAUUUGUAAGUCACUUCAUUGAAGGGCUUGCAGACACGACGUACAAGCAAGAAAUGCUACACCAAUGUUUGAUAAUACGGUUCAUAUUUUGCCUCUUCUGUUAGAGAUAAAUGAUUAUUUUGUGAAGAGUUCGGAUCACUGGUAAGAUCUAAGUUCUGGAAGCCAGAGGAGCAGCACGUAAUGAGAGAAUAGUUGUCUAGUGUGUAAGCUAAAGAAGAUUUCUGGCUUCUCGACCAGAGGGGUGUUUUCAGGGAAGUGUCUUCCUGUUUCAUAGGAUGAGAUGAUUCCCUGUGAUAUGUGGAGGAAUUAUGUCUGGGCAUUAGUAGAGGAGUAGGUGCUAUGCAUCUUCAUCUGUCCUUCAAAUGAUUUCCUCUGAUGAUACUGUGUGAUUCAAUCAAUCCAAGAGAAUCCGUCAUUUUGGCUUGUCACACCUGAUAAACGGUUGGUGGAUACUAGCAGAGAAUUCAAGCAAGUUGUAUCUGUGCUUUUCCAAGAAGACUAACUUCAAGGUCUCUUCGUUAGUGUGUUGAACUUCAGGCCAGUCUUGACUCUUUAUAAGAAACUGGAGCCGCCAUUGUUUUCACCUUUGUGUCGUCUUUUCUUCAAUCAUUUGCCGAUUAUCAUCUGCUCCUCUGUACGGCAUUGAUCUGUUCAUUUGUCUUACAUCGAAAAUAUAUAUGAAUUUUCUGACUAUUUCCUUCACAGAGGAAGUACCAAGAUUAAUAUUAAAAAUGCACAUUGCACUUGUCGACUCAGGUAUAAAGGGCAUUUGAGAUCAUAUUAAAACUGUUCUGCCUGCUUCACGAGGGGAAAGUUUGUUUGCAUCGCUCAGUGAUAAACGUAUUUGUUCUAGUUUUGUAUUGAGAGGGCAGGAACGCUGAUCGCUGGCCUCGGUGCUGAGCUUGGUGCGUGCCAUCAGAUGGUGCAACAGUGCUGACGACUUCUAUUUUUUGACGAAGAUACUUGAAUAUGACAGAGUGGAGAGUUUUUUUUCUCCUGCAUGAAUUCAACCUGUAAAAAAAACUUGGCGAUGCCUUGUAAGAGCGUGAAUAAAA